CUUUUUGCAUAUUAUUAUUAAAAAUAUAUAUAUAGAACUAUAUAUUAUACACACCCUCCCAUUUCUAUUGAAAAAAAUAUAUAUUAAAGACUAUAUAUUAUAAAAAUAAAGAUGGAUAAGAAAGAGGAAGAACAAUUUCAUGUAUUUUAUAAGGUUCCUUCAGGUGAUGGACCUUAUGUUAGAGCCAAACAUGCUCAGCUAAUUAUGAAGGAUCCAGAAGGAUCAAUACUAUGGUUUAUGAAAGCAAUAAAUGAAGGGGACAGAGUGGACAGUGCACUAAAAGACAUGGCAGUUGUGAUGAAGCAAUUGGAUAGAAGUGAAGAAGCAAUUGAAGCAAUCAAAUCUUUUAGAUACCUUUGUUCUAAACUAGCUCAAGAAUCCCUAGACAAUGUCCUCCUUGAUCUCUUUAAGACAUGUGGAAAAGUGGAGGAACAAAUAGUGUUAUUAAAGCAAAAGCUAAGACAAAUAUAUGAAGGGAAGUUGUUCAAUGGGAAGCCUAUUAAAAUUGCUAGAUCUCAUGGAAAGAAGAUUCAAGUUACUAUCACCCAAGAGACUGCAAGAGUUCUGGGUAAUUUGGGUUGGGCUUAUAUGCAAAAAGGAAAUUUUAUGGCUGCAGAAGUGGUGUACAAGAAAGCCCAAAUGAUUUAUGCAGACAGUAAUAAGGCCUGCAACUUAGCCCAAUGUUUGAUCAAGCAAGCCCGAUAUGAUGAGGCCCGUUAUAUCCUCGAAGAUGUUUGGAGAGGUAACUAUUUAGGUUCUGAUGAUACAAAAACAAAGAAUCGAGUCGAAGAAUUAUUGUUGGAAUUGGACUUGAAGCAACCCCCACCCUUCUUACAAAACAUACCGGGCCUCGAUUUGGAUGAUGAUUUUGUAAAUGGGCUUGACCAUUUGAUAAAUGAAUGGGCCCAGCCCAAAUCAAGAAGGUUGCCAAUAUUUGAGGAGAUCUCUACAUUUAGAGAUCAAUUGGCAUGUUGAAUGGAUUUCUGUUUUUAGAAUUUGGGAUUUAUGGUUUAGUAAGGUUUAGAUGUUAAUUAUAUAAAAUUAGAUGUACAAAGUAAGAGGCAUGUGGUAUGUAAAAAUUGUAAUGUAAAUUAUAGCUUGGGGCAAAGUUUGAGAAAUGUCACCGUUUGUUUGUUUGAUCAAGUUUUUAUAAGAUAAAAAGUGCUUAUUUUAAAAA